UAUAUAAUUCAGCACUGUACUUAUGAAGAAGAACAUGUAUCUUUGUCGAGAGACGGUUAGAGUCAUGGGGUUUUUGUUCCUGUUCGUGAUUUUCUCUUUGGUUUCAGAUAAUGAUGGGACGUUCGAUGUGACCGCUCUUCCCAAGCAAGUCAACUGCGCUGAUCAACAGUCUAUGCUCGUAUCUUCACAGAAGUGUAUUGAUGCGUACAAUAUCCCCUUCAAAAUGACUUCCUAUUUGUAUAAUGUGAUAACCCCGGCAUUUUUAGCUGAUAUGUGUAGGAAUCUUGACACUUACCAGAAAGCGCAAGUAUGUAUAAAAAACCUAUACUCUAAAUGUAACCAGACCCCGUCGCUACCUGUAGAGACUAUCAAGAAGAUACAAGGAUAUGUCUGCGCCAACUUGGACAAAUUCAACACAACCUGCAUGUUCGAAAUGGUGUUUAAAAUGGGUGACUGCAGCUCUACCGCCAAAUACUUGACUACCAGCGAUCAUGUUAACCACACCGUUUCAGCGUUUAACCACAAGGCAACUUGCAUGUCAGAAAAGGUGUCAUCGAUCUGUGUCGACAAGUACUUGUCAGCAUGUGGCGAGGUCGUACUCCACACCUACAAAGCAUUCCUGCCAAACAACACAGAAUGCCUAACACCCAACAGCCUAGACACACCCGCCGUGGACUGUUCCACCACUGAAGACAUCCGAAAGAGCUACCAUCAAUGCUUUAUCUACAACGGGAUACUGCUCCAAUUCCCGGAAAACUUAACGAGUGAAGACACUAACCAGCACAUUAUGCACGCUAUUACAAUGGAUGACAAUAUGUGCAGUAAUCUGAAGGACUACCAGCAGGCAGUCAACUGUACUCUGCAGGUACAGAAGCAAUGCAGUGAUGACGCGAUGAAGCCCACGGUGGCCGACUCUCAGACAGUGCAGGACGGCUUGGCCAAACUCUGUGGUCAUAUCGGGGAUUACGACACCAAGUGCGUUCAAAAUGCACCCAAAGGAACGUGUGACAGUAGAAGGCGCGCUAUAGAUUCGAAACAUCUGUGCUCCGCCACUAGUGCCACCCAGAACUGUCUGGUGUCAGCGGUGAGCAGCUGCAGCAAGAGGACCGUCAGCAUGUUCAAGAACGUCCUACUUAGCCAAUCCCCGUCUAUGUGUCUAAAACAGGCCACUGGUUCACCCUUGGUUGGCUAAUCUACAUCGUCACACAGUUGCGAUUGUAUUGCUGUUGAGCGACAAUAAAUACAAGUCAAACCAUUGGUCACA